AUGAAAAAACUUGAUCAGCAAUAUUCACCACCCACUUAUAAUGUAUCAACAGUUGGUUAUUCAAAUUCCGAUGAAUCAAUGGUUCUCGAUUAUGUACCAGUCUCAGAGGAUGGUUUUCAAAAUUUUGGACAAAUGGAAAAUACUGAUAAUUUAACCUCAUCAAUUCAAUACAUACCUGCUAUGAAUGAGCCUCCACAAGCUAAUUUUGUUUCAUAUAAUGAAUCUAAUGAAGAUCUUCAACAAAAUGAUAGUCCUACCACUACAGGCACUGAUAAACCAUUGAGAUUUAGACGACAACCAAAAACCAAAUCUGAUCAACCAUUAGUGGACAAUUUUCAAAAACAAUCCCACAUGUUUUUUGUACCAUCUGCUGGUUCCAUUUCAUCACCAUCUCCCAAUGCUUUUUCAGCACAACAAGAGGACAAUUUGAAUGUCUCCCUCGGAUAUUCUGUUCCAGAGUUUAUUCCAUCAGCAACAGUAAUGCCACAACAACAUUCCGGCAAUAUUCCACCAUUGCAUCAUCAAGGCAGUCCCACAAUGAUCUCUUCCUAUCAAUCUGAUUUUUCUUCGUCUGCUAUGCACAAUAGUGGAAUGUCUUCCGUUUCCCAUAACGAUAAUGGUUAUGUGCAACAUCAUUCAUCUGCCAAUUCCUUCCAAGCCUAUCCAUCCUACCAAGCCCAUCAAAAUAUUCCAACACAAAAGGAAUUUAAACCAGCAAGCAAAGCUAAACAAUCGAUGUGUAGUAGAUUAUUGAAAUAUCUAAUCGUAUUGAUUAUGCUGGCUAUUUUGGGUGCCAUGAUUUAUGGCGGCUUCAAAGUUUGGGCCAAUAAUGCUUCAGUGCUCGAGACUGAUUCUUCCAAUUAUGUCACACAGCAACACCAUCAGCAACACAAUAAUAGAUUAGAAAUCAAAGAAGAGGAAGAAGAGGUUCUGGUAGAUAAGGAAGAACCUCAAAUUGCCAAACCAAACAAUCCACCACCUGUGUCAGAAGUUCCUAGCAAUACUGAUACUAACACUCAAACACAAGAAAGAGAACCAACUUUAACAAAUAAUGAACCACAAAAUGGAGAGCAAGCGAAUCAAGACGAUCCUUAUAACUUUUAUGAUCCAUUCAAAAACAUCAAGACAGACAAAGCUCCAAAACCAAAGAAAAAAAAGCAAAUCAAACCAAAGAAGAAGGUUAAGGUUCAAAUUCCUCAAGAAAUCUAUGAUAGAGUUUAUCCAAAAAAGAAGAAAUCAGGUUCUAAUGAAUCUAAAUUCGGUUUUAUGGAUGAAAAAAUUGAAAAGUACUUGGAUAAUCUCUCAGAGAAGGAAUAUAACAAACUUUCCAAUACCAAUAAGGAACUUAUCAAAAAGUACAUUCGUUUGAGGGAGAAGGAAUCAUUUGAACAACAUACAGCCAAAUCAUCAUCUGGUAAAUAUAAAAAGAAAGGUAUCAGAAAAAAGAAAGCCAAGACUAAUCCAUACGAAUUUGACUAUGCCAAGAAUGACGAUGAUGAAAUGCAAAUUUCCUCUGAUCCAAAACUUCCUGUAAAGACUGUUCGUGAUAAGAAGGGCAAGAUUCAUCAUGUUGAUCCUUUUGGAAUUAAUGAACAUGAGAAUAAUGAGGCCUAUGAUGAGGAUGUUAAGAAUUAUAUGAAAAAUCCAGACCACGAAAAGUAUAUCAACAAGUAUGAUGAGGAUGAGGAUGAUGACUAUUAAAUUAUUAUUAUUUCAUUCAUGCACUUAUA